AUGAGCCCGAUACUGCCACAUGCCAAGAAGCUCUCCAACAAUGGGAAACUGGUUACGACGCCUUUGAGUAGGUCCAAUGGAAAGGGGUGUCAUCCGCUGCAUUACGUUAGGUCUACACUUCAAAUGGCAACGGGCUCACGUUGUGUGGAGGCAGCUAUCUGUAUGUGCAGCGGGCAAGAUCCUCCAGUUUAUACAGACAAAUCCGGUGCAUAUGCGGAUCACAAUGCUGGUGCUCUAGUGAGCUUACUGAGUGACAAGGCGCAGAGCAUCUACUGUGGAACUGCAACGGAAUGCGGGGAUGACACGAUUCUCGUCUGCUACAUUAAGCCCUCUGGCAUAGAAGCUAGCGCAAGUCCUGUAACCCGUCAGAUGUGGCACAAAUACGAUGAAUACAAGAAGACAAAGCCUGUCUUGGCUGAGCAUGCGGGCGAAGACCUCCUGGAUGCGGUGAAUGCCGUGAGAGGUGCAGAGGACCUGAAACUCGAUGCAUUCACUGCCGCGCAGAGUGCAGAAUUAGGGGAGUUCAAGGAAAAGAGCGCCGCAACAUCUUAUGAAAAUGCACUGUACGCUCUGACAUGCGAGCAGAUCAACAGCUCGACAAUCGACCCAGUGGUGCAAGAGGAGUACACCCUGAUUUACUAUUCCAAAGAAGGUGAAGCGGUUCCUACAGCGGAUGAAACCGUCGCCUUCUGGCAAACUGGUCUUGAUCAGCUUGGGUCAGUCGGUGUCCGCUUCGCUACCAGCCAAGAAGAGCGCCCACCUGCAUUCGAGCCUAAGAGUGAGGUAAUGAAGAGAGCCCGGCGCACAAGAAGCUCGGGAGGCACUGAAAUCUACUACAAAAGCGAAGUGGCCGGCUACGUCUCAAUGAUGGUUGACGAGGCCCGCGAAAUGAGAUGCUAUGAUGCCACUGGCUGCACAAACUCCGCACUCAUUUGCUUCGUUAAAGCGCCGACACUAGUCCAGGGUCAACAGCCCAUCAGUGAGGAAACCUGGAACAAAAUCACGGCCACAGAGGAGCCUGAACCCGAACCCGAGCCCCCUACCAGCAUUUCUUUCACUAGACUCCAGGAAGACAAGAGCUGCGUCAAGGAGAUCAACGGCUUCCGCACGCAAGAAACCCUGGGCUUGAAGGGCUUCACAGAAGCCAAGGCCAGUGCGAAAGCAACAAGAAACACACAGCUUAGCGAGCCCAUGAGUGGCGUGACUUGCGAAGCUCUCAAGAAUGGCACUGUCACGAUUAUGGUGAGCUGCUCACGAGCUCCAUUUCAUUACAUCUUGGCCAUGCGCAUAGUAACUUUCAACAGCUUCCUCUUCGUAUUAGUUUUGGUUGCAAGACGCUUCACGGAGCACCACCGAAACGGCAAAAAUCGGCAUUUUGUGCAUUUCCUAUCUCGUCUGGAAUCAGGCGAGGCAAAAUGUACCACGUUCCCCUGUUUUGCGCUGCUUUUCUCAUCACAGGACACAAAUAUGACAAAGAGCUUGAUGUACUACUCUGGCACUGAAGCCACUUGCUCCGUUGCUGUUGCCGCCUGGAAGAAGGGAUAUGAACAAUUCAGCGCAAUCCCACCAGCUUACACCACCAGCGAGACUGUUUACAAAAAGGGCGAUGCAACAAACUUCGUUUCCCUCAUCAGCGAAGGAGAGAGUACCACAGCCGCCUGCUACAGUGUUGGGGGCUGCGACCAGCAAGGUAUCGUUUGCGAGCUCUCUCCUGCAGUCUUCACCAAGGAUAAAGCACCCAUAUCCGAGAGCACCUGGAAAAAGGUUUCUGAGACCAUGUCUCAAGGCAACGGCGCUCCAGCUGCUUUCUCCACUACCCUCCUUAGCACCGCCUUGGUAGCGGCUGUUGCCUUUGCAUUCAACUUCUAA